AUGAUCCACCUGGGCGCCAAGGGCCAGACAAAGAGUGAGAUCGCCAAGGUGUUGCACAUUGACGCCGCAGAGAACAAUGUCACCUUUUCCAAGUCACACGAGGCUUUCGGCAAGGCGGUGAGAAGUCUGUUGGAGGAUGCGGCGCUCGGCAAGUCGCUGCACAGUGCUAAUCAGAUCUUCGUCCAGGACGGCCUGCCCAUCUCCAACUCGUACUCACUGGCGCUGAAGCACUACCACCUUGCCUACGUGAAGUACGUCAACUUCGCCAAGGACUCCUACAGCGUCCUCAACCUGAUCAACGAGUGGAUCGAGAAGCAGACGGCGCAGAUGAUCAGCAACUUCCUCACGACGCCGCCCUCGCCUAUGACCUCGCUGAUGGCAGUGAAUGCAAUUCGCUUCAAGGGCGAGUGGCAGUACCGCUUCGAUCCGAGCGACACCGAAGCAAACGCCUGGUUCCGCAUGAUCAACGGCCACACGACCAAGGUGGAGAUGAUGGUCGCCCAGCUACCGCUCGCCUACGCCUACAACGCUGCCCUGCAGACGUCCAUCAUUGAGCUUCCUUACAAGACGUCACGACUCAGCUUCUUUGUCCUCCUCCCUGAUGACACCUUUGGUCUCUUCAGUCUGCUCGGCUCACUCAACGCCACCGUCUUUGCCAACUUAAUCUUCUCUAUGCGCAAAGUGAACCACGGAGGAAGUGGUGGUGGUAGUGGUGGAACUGGUGGUGGCGCCGUUGCAAACGACAAACAGUCGAGCAGCACUGUUUCAGCAGCAGGCAGCUCUGCGGGCGUCAACGUCCGCCUGCCCAAGUUUGCCAUCAACUCGAUGCCUCGCAUCACCAACGUCCUCCGCACUCAGAUGGGCCUAAAAAGUCUCUUCUCCAACGAGGACGCCAACCUGGAGGCAAUGUUCAGCAGUCGGGCAGCGUCACUGGGCAGCAGCAGUCCUGGUCGCGUUCACAUGGAUGAGUUACUUCACAAGGCCAUCCUCAAAGUGGACGAGGUGGGCAGUGUGGGCGCCGCCGUGAGCACCUCCUCCAUUGAGCGCGUGGGCACCUUCACCGGGCCCUACUUUGAGGCCGAUCACCCCUUUGUGUACCUGCUGAUGGACAAGCAGACCGGACUGGCGCUCUUUGCCGGCUUCUACGCCGGUCCUAAUGGCGGUGCCAGUGGUGGUGGUGGUGGUGGUGGGCCCAGUGGUGGUACCAAUGAACAGCAGCAGCCACCUCACAGUUCGGCCAACUUUGUACAGAAUGGCGGCAAGGUGGGCCAGGCGUACGCUGCCCUCUUUGGCAAUGGCAACAAAAAUGAAGCCCACUAG